AUGGCAGACACCGAGACCGAAGCUCCUUCUCGUCGUGCCACUCAGCGCCUCGAUCAACGAGCUCCGCCCUCUUUGCGUCUGCUGCUGCGGCUCUUCUCAGCGCUGGAGUUCGGACUGGGCACGUUGAUGUUGUACCAACACACGCCCGACUUCGCCGCCGUCAAACGCGCUGUCGAGAGCUCGUGUCAGUUCAGUUUUAACCCUGUGCAUUUGCAGCAAAUACUCCAUUUCCUGCCGGGUGCUUAUGACCUCAAGUGGAUAAGAAACACGUGCACUGCUCGCCGUCAAGCACAAGAAGAAGGUGGCGACUCGCUCCUGGCCCAGCGUCAGCGACUCAAACACCAGCCGCCAGUGCUAACACUACGGAAGCAGCAAUUGCCACCUCCCAAUACUGACUGCGAGAGCCUCCAGGCUCGCAUCGCACUUUUUGUCAGAAAGGUCAAUGCCUUUUUGGAGGGACACGUGAACGCUAUUCUGAACGAGUUUCCAGACAUGACCGACGAUGAGAUGAAAAAUGCGCUGAAACUUGUAGAGAUCGAGAAAGCUCCACUGCCUAAAAUGCCAGUGGAGAUAGCAAACGAAGGAAUUACUAAAACGAAGUUGCUAGCUCUUAACGGCAACAAGGAGCAUCCAAUCGCUGCGACAUGCAGUAAAGCCGGUAGGAAGUUGGCGGAGGAGCUGGCAAAGCCUGUGCCACAAAACUUACAGUCACUACCGCAGUGGCUCAUUGACAAGGUCCGUGAAAAGGAGGUGGGGCACAAGGCUGGAGUAGAAGAAGAUGCCAGGGCUAUGAAGAAGCGGCUCUUGUUGACCCUGCCACAGCUCAGCGACCAGUUGCAGUCGCUAGUGAUGGUAACGAGGAAGUCUAGUUUCUCCAAGGUGUUUGUUCUGCGCAAACUGGCGGUACGGGCUCCGAUCAAGGGCAAAGUUGAGCACCAGCUAUACUUGCUGGAGUCGCUGGUACCGGAAUGGCUGACGGUGGUUCUUGUUGACGGCAACGAGUACAUAAAGGUUUCGACUAGCUGCAAGUACAACGCAAUCAAGGCCUCACUUCGUCGCGCGAUAUCCAUUCAAGUCUAA